CUUUUUUUUUGUCAUAUUGAUUGUAACUCUUCCACUUUUCCAUUCCUAUAUAUGAACAUAAUUUAGACAUGACUCGAAAUCACAAGGAAGAAGGUUGUUAGAUAUAUAUCGUUGUCUACAACUUUAAAAAAUAAGAUAAAUAAAACAUGGCAUAUGAGUGUAUUCCUAGGUCAAGUAGGUGGUUCUCAAAUGUUGGACUACGAAUAAGCCUCCACAAAAAGAAGUCCAAGGGUAACUCGUCGGCCUCCUCAUCGAGUUCCUCAGGCUCCCCUCGCUCCCCUCUACCCCCUCCGUCCAUCCCUUUUGGCCCUACGGGGAGGAGUAGGGAAGAGGAGCUUAAGGAAGUCUUUAGACAUUUCGAUAUGGAUAACGAUGGAAUGAUCACGGCUCUUGAGCUCCGGAGGUAUUUUAACUCCAUAGGGGAGAUCAUCUCAGAGGAAGAGGCCCAAGAGGUUAUUGAUGAGCUUGACUCAGACAACGAUGGUAUGCUCGAGUUUAAGGAUUUUGUUAAGCUCAUGGAUAGUAAGGAGGGAGCGGAUGAAGACAUGAAGAAGGUGUUUGAGAUGUUCGAGCACGAAAAGGGAUCCGGUAGGAUCACUCCUAGAGGGCUUCAAAGGGCUUUGUAUCGCCUAGGGGAUUCUAAGUCUUUUAAGGAGUGCGCGUCCAUGAUUCGGGUAUAUGAUACUGAUGGUGAUGGAGAGCUUGAUUUUAAUGACUUUCAUCAAAUGAUGGCUGUAUAAAUUUUCUUGCUCGUUGUAUUAAAUAAUAUGAUAAUUCUUUCUGAUUUGGUUGUCAUAUUACUCCGUACUAGUUUAAAUUACACAACUGUUUGAGGGACGAUAAUAAUUUCCACUUGGAGGGAUUUAUUAUGCAUGUUUGCUUGUGUAUGUAAUCUUUACUCAUGAGUCACUUUUGUAACAAAGGAUAUGAGGAGAGGUGGUUGAGGGACUUUGAAAAUAAGUCUGAAAUGAUAAUUGCAAGGUCUGGAAUUGAACCCUAAACUUAAUAUUUUGAUGGCUUAGCAGUUUGAUAA